AUGCAGUACUGUGAAGAAGGCUGGCCUGAAAGACAGUCCAUUCCAGAUCUACUCAAAUCUUACUGGAGUGAACGUGGUGAGACUUCAGUCGUUAAGGGCGUGAUAUUAAAAGGAAGCAGAAUACUCAUCCCGUCAAGCAUGAAAUUAGAUUUUUUAGACAAGAUACAUCAAGGACACUUGGGGAUCACCAAAUGUCGCGAAAGAGCUAAACAGUCCGUAUGGUGGCCUGGAAUCAGCACGCAAAUACAAGAGUUAAUAAAGAACUGUCGGACGUGUGCGAGAUAUCAUGUGAACAAACCAUUGAUUCCCACAGCAUUUCCUGAACGCCCUUGGCAAAUCGUUGCAGUAGAAUUCUUCAAGUGCGAGAAUCGAGAAUAUUUGUUGGUAGCUAGUAGACUAUUUCUCAAGGUACAUAGAGUUAUGUUCAAUGAAUUAACAAGAGCAAGACGGCAACCGAAGUGUACAAGGCGUUAUAAACGGUGUUUGCUAGAUUCGGAAUACCGGAAAGAGUGGUAUCAGAUGUUACGAUAGUUGUUAAUAUUAUUAACCGAUUUAAUAUUCCGACGGAAGUCAUCUUAGGGUGAUUGACGUGUCAUGUUGUUAUUGUAAAAGUAUGUGACAUUGGAUAUAUAUGCAGACGUUCAUCUAGACGUGUAAAAUACAUGGUUUAAAACUCAUAUUUUAUCAAGUUUAUGACUCUAUGGCGGAUUUAGAAACAUGGUGUCAGGAGUGGGAUCAAUAAACUAAGAAAUAUGUCGGACACAGAGAUUGGUACAAACAGCGAAGAAACGGCACAACCGGCGACGACAGAGACAAGCUCACAACAAAGCAACACAGUAUCGACCUGGCCGACACUCUCAGCCGUCAUUUCAUCAAGGGUCAACCAACAAAAUCCACAUUCGAAGAAGAAUUUGAUCAAGUACCACUGACCGCAAUAAUUAAUCGGAUCAUAGCGACGGAAGAGAAGAUAUCCAAAUUGAAAGUUGAAACAGAGAAGGAUGAAGUCCUGCAGCAAGUGAAAGGAGUCAUCCAGGCAGGAUGGCCAGGGAACAAGAACGUGCUAGAUCCAACUUUGGUAAAUUAUUUUCACGUGCGAGACGACCUAACUGCGCAAGAAAGUGUCGUCCUACGCGGUGAGAGGGUUGUAAUCCCAAAAUCUUUAACCCUAUUUGUACCGAGGUUUUUUCAUGUUGAUAUGACCGGGGGUGCGCUGAUAGGGCACACCCCUCAGAAACUCUGUCGAUUAACUGCCAUUAUCCUAUAAGUUUUAUUUUUAGUAAAUUUUAUCUUUUUAACCUAAAAAUAACAAAAAAGUUAAAUUCACAUCCAACAUGCUGUUUUUUGGAUCCCCCCCAUUGAAUAUGACCGCCUAUAAAAAAAUGGCGAAUAUAUAUAGCUAAUAUUUUACCCAUUUUGGUUAUAUUUUGUAAAGAGAUAAUAAAACAUCAGGAUGUGAUAUUUUUUGGGUCUUUUACAGUCAAAAGACAUACUUUUAUGUUAUAGCAUAUCCUGAGAUGUCCAUAAACACCACUAUUUUACUUUCCAAGUUGGCAUUUCUGUACCAUAUGAAAAGACAUACAAAUGAAACUUAUCUGUCUCUCAUAUAAACAAUCCAAAUCAUUUUCAAGUUUCAAUAUCACUGAUUGUAUUACUUCAUAUCACUGUGACAGUGUCAUUGUUGUAAUAAUGUUCCAUAUAUCGCAUAAUUUUCGCAAUUGUGCAUUCUGUUGAAACUCUAGCACUUUUUGUUGGCAUAACUUCUUUAGUAUAAACAUAAAACAUUACACUGAAGUCAACCAACAAAAGUUUGUAGAAAAAAUACAAAAUGGCAACCAUGUUUUAUACCAAUAUACUAUGUGUUACAUGAAGUGUAAGGCAGGUGAGCUACGAGCCUGCAGUAUAGUUUUGAAAACACAAUAUUCACUUUGAAAAUCAUGGCAAUCAGUCUGGAUUUUAUGCAAAAUAUUUUACUCUAAUUUGAAAAUUUCUUGUAUGAAAGUGUUCAAUAUAUAAUGCAUCCUACAUGUUUGGUGCUGCUCAAAGACAGGGAGAUGUUAUGCCUUCAAGGUACAAAGAAAUAUGUGUAUUUGUAUAUAUAAAAAUAUUAUAAAUAAGUAUUUUAUAUUAUAUUAUAUAAGUAUUAUAUUGUAUGCUAUAUUAUAUGUUGUACUAUAUUUUACUAUUUUAUAUAAUAUAUUAUGGAUAUUCAGUUUACUUUGCAAAUCAUGUGUAAUAAUCCAUCUUUAUGUUCUCUAAUUAUAUUAUGUUAUUUAUGUCCUGGGAAGUGAUACAGCCAAAAAAUACUAUCCAACCCACAUUUUCCCAUUUUUGGCUUCGACACCUUGUUUGACAAAUGUCGACAAACGUCCGGAUAACUUUGAAUUUUCAGAAAAAAAUUUUCGCAGUCAUGACGGCAGAGGAAAAAUAUUAAAAUUCAUGAAAGCACAGGAAAAUGGGAUCAUUUGUUCAGGAAUGACGGAUAAAUAUUUAUAGGGGUGCGCUCAUUGUGCACACCCCCGGUACAAAUAGGGUUAAGAAAGGAAAUUCUGGAGGAUCUACAUACCGCGCAUCAAGGAGUGGAAUCAACAUUACGAAGAGCACGAGAGAGAUAAAAGAAUACAUUUCCAGAUGCGAGACAUGCACCACAUUUUCCACUAGACAGUCGAAAGAGCCGCUUUCAAGCCACGAAGUACCAAACCGUCCCUGGGCAAAAAUCGGUACCGACCUUUUCCAAUUCCAAAACAAGUAUUACCUGGUGACGGUAGACUAUUUUUCAAACUUUUUUUAAAUAGACUAUCUCAGCACCACGACUUCUAAUACAGCUAUAAAGAAGUUGAAAGGUCACUUUGCGCGGUACGGAAUACCUGAUGAAGUAGUAUCAGGCAACGGGCCACAAUACGAUUCAGAUGAAUUUCAAGCGUUUGCCAAAUCCUUUGGUUUCAAGCAUACUCGCACUAGCCCACACCAUCCUCAGUCGAACAGUAAGGCAGAAUCGGCGGUAAAGCAAGCCAAAAAGAUCCUGCAAAUGACUAGAGAAAGUGGCACCGAUUAUUAUCUGGCUCUUCUCGACAUUCGAAACACGCCGCAGGAAGGACAUAAUUCAGUCUAGUCCCGCCCAACGAAUGAUGAAUCGACGUACGAGGACAACCCUUCCUACCUCGAAAAACCUUCUCAAACCCCGCCUGACAGGAAACAAUGGUACAAACAUAGCCAAGAAACAAGCGAAACAACAACAUUAUUACAACAGAGGAGCAAAAACACUCGCGCAAUUGCACGAAGGCGACAGAUUUAAAUUCCAGCCAUUUGGACUAGGGAAAAAGAAGUGGAGUGAUGUGAAAGUCAUUAGGGAAGUUCGACCCCGAUCAUACGAAGUUGAAGCAAACGACAGAAUAUAUAUUAGAAAUCGUAAGCAUCGUAUCUACGCAAAUGCACACCAGCCCAGGAGUUGGAAGUCGAAGAAGAGGCAUACCUACCAAUGCCAGAUUAUGGUCGAGAAGAAAAUAACGAACCGGAAGGGACGCAACAAGAGAGAGAUGAAACACAACGUACCUCCAGCCGAACGCGAAUUACCGGAGACCAGGAAUACCGGACGCGCAGCGGGCACGUAUCGAAAAGACCAGUAA